AUGAUAGCAAAUGAGAAUCACGGUUUUCACGACUUCUUUAUAUUCGCAACAUUAUCUUUCUUUGCGCUCCUGCUGUUUAUUGUUGUGAAUGUCUCCCAGAAGGUGCAACAAACCCCGAAAUUGCGCUCAGUCGCCAUUCUCGUACUAGGCGAUGUGGGACGCAGCCCGCGAAUGAUGUAUCAUGCAGAGAGCUUUGCGAAGCUGGGAUUUGACACCUAUCUCAUUGGAUACAAAGGCUCCAAGCCGAUAGUUUCGCUAACCACCCUCUCCAAUAUCAGGUUGUCAUACUUGUCAGAAUCACCGCCACUCGUUACGCGGAUUCCUUUUGUUCUAGCCGCUCCGAUCAAAAUUAUGUACCAGAUAGCCACCAUUCUAUACACGCUAGUCUAUGACAUACCCCGGCCGCCCGAGUUUAUCAUGGUGCAGAAUCCUCCAAGUAUUCCCACUCUCGCUUUAGUGUGGCUUGUCGGAGGGAUAACGGGAAGUAAAGUAAUCAUCGACUGGCAUAACCUCGGGUAUAGCAUUCUCGCAUUGAAGUUGGGAAAAACACAUCUGCUCGUCAACAUUGCAAAACGCUUUGAGAUCAGGUUCGGCCGUUCUGCGUACGCUCACCUGUUCGUUACAAAUGCUAUGCGAAACAAUCUGGAGCAGGAAUGGGGCCUGAUAGGGCACAAGGUGGUCUUACAUGAUCGUCCACCCAGCCACUUUCACAAGUGUCCACCUCUAGAAGUCCAUGAGUUAUUCAUACGACUGGGACGUUCGAUAUCGCCAUCACUUGCAGAUUUUCUCCCCAGUGCUUCGCUGCCUUACACGACCCAACUUACUGAAAUACGUGGACUUCCACCGUAUUCCGCUUCUCCCACAUCCGCUUUUAGCUCUCUCAGUACGCCCACUCUUCGAAAAGAUCGUCCAGCGCUGCUGGUGAGUAGUACAUCAUGGACACCAGACGAAGACUUUGGCAUUCUCUUGGAGGCAUUGAAACUCUACGAGUCUCGUGCUCGUGAAGCAAACCUUACAAAUUGUGAGAACUCGCAAUCAAAGCACAAUUCAAAAGAACGACAAGUCUUGCCUCGCAUAUGGAUGGUCAUCACAGGCAAAGGGCCGCUUAAAGACCGAUACAUGACAGAAGUGGAGCUCUUGCAAAAAAACUGGCAGUAUGUCAGGUGCACGAGUUUAUGGCUUGAAGCAGAAGACUAUCCCCUUUUGCUGGGCUCUGCUGACUUGGGCGUCUCAUUGCACUCAAGUUCCUCCGCGCUCGAUUUACCAAUGAAAAUUGUUGAUAUGUUCGGAUGCGGACUCCCCGUUUGUGCCCUCGAUUUUGCAUGUCUUCCAGAGCUUGUCAAAGACGGUAUUAAUGGCUUGGUUUUCAAGAAUGCGUCUCAGCUUGCAGAGCAUCUGGAGACCCUCCUCACUUCUUUUCCUUCCUCAUCUGCACUUGAUUCUUUACGGACAAAUUUGCAGCGGGCAUUACAGGUACCGCUCAGUGUCGAGCGUUAUGUCCAUAAUCACCAACACCAAGAAGGUGCUGACUGGGAGUGGGGUUCUUGGUCAGAGAAUUGGGACCGUGUUGUUAAACCUCUAGUGUUGAGAGAUUCAGAACGAUUUGGUUGA